AAUGGGAGGGCGCCGACCACGAGCCGUCCUCCCUCGGGCCUCGUGUCCCUCGCCCUGAUUGGUUGAAAGUUACUGUGGGAAAGAAAGUUUGGGAAGUUUCACACGAGCCGUUCGCGUGCAGUGAGAGAUAUAAAUACAAGGCACACGCGGAGAGUCCGACAGAGAGAGAGAGAGAAAACUACGUCCGCUCCUGCUGCAGCUGCGCAUCACUGACGGAUUCUAACUCAUCCCGGGAUUUGCUUCCGACAGAGACGGACUUUCAAAUACUAGCUGACAACAUCAGCUUAAUUUUUAUACACAAGUGGAUGGGAAUUUGCUGUGUUUUUGUUGGAUUUUUCUAAUAAGAAAGAAAAGAUGCCUGCCGAUAUGAUGGAAAAAUCCUCAUCCUCUCCGGUCGCUGCGACGCCGGCGAGCAUGAACACAACUCCUGACAAGCCUAAGACAGCAUCUGAACACAGAAAGUCAUCAAAGCCGAUCAUGGAGAAGAGGAGACGAGCCAGAAUAAACGAGAGCUUGGGUCAGCUGAAGACUCUCAUUCUGGAUGCGCUCAAAAAAGAUAGCUCCAGACACUCCAAACUGGAGAAGGCAGACAUCCUGGAGAUGACAGUGAAGCACCUCCGGAACCUGCAGAGAGCUCAGAUGACUGCUGCUCUGAACACUGACCCCUCCAUAUUGGGAAAAUAUCGCGCAGGAUUCAGUGAAUGCAUGAAUGAAGUCACCCGAUUCCUUUCCACCUGCGAGGGCGUCAACACCGAAGUCAGGACGCGGCUCCUGGGCCACCUGGCCAGCUGCAUGACGCAGAUCAACGCCAUAAACUACCCCAGCCAGCAUCAGCACCAGCACCAGCUCCCUCCAGCAGCCGGGUCGACGCACCCCUCCUUCGCCCAGUCCAUGGUUCAGAUCCCCAGCUCCUCCCCGCAGGUGCUCCCAAUGAACCCCGCGUCCUGCAAAGGGGGCUCCCCGCCGGCCAGCUUACCGUCAGACGCGACCAAAGUGUACGGCGGCUUCCAGAUCGUACCUGCCACAGACGGACAGUUCGCUUUCCUCAUACCCAACGCGGCAUUUGCGCCGAACGGCCCCGUUAUCCCCGUGUACGCAAACAACAUGAGCACGCCGGUGCCUGUUCCUGCCGCGGUGUCCCCCGGAGCCCCAUCCGCCAACACAGACUCAGUGUGGCGACCCUGGUGAAAAAAGAAGCACCAGGAGGGGGGAAAAAAGACUAACUAUACACUUAAUAGUUUUAAAUCUUUGGUCAAUAGAAAGUUGUUUCAAACCUGUUUUUAUUUUUCUUGUAAAAUGGAAAGAGUAUGCACUAUAUUUGUACAGCUAACAAGGGAGUAAAGUUCAUAUUGAAAUGAGAUUUGUAUCGUGGAAGUCCGUUCACUGCAUUUUUAUAUAUAUAUUUGAGUUGUCUUUUUUACUGUGUGACGCCAAAGAUAUGUUCAAUGCUCUUAUGCUGUUCUUCGUUUUGGAAGACAAAUAAAUUUGUAAAGAUACGAAAA